AAAGAAACAACUUGCAAAAAUAGACUUUUCCAAUUCAGGCCUUUUCCCCAAGGAAAACCUCGAUUUCGCUGAAAGCAUCAACGAGAAUGAGGCGAAAAUUCUGAAAGAGGUGUUCGAUAAACAUUCGACGUUCGAUGAAGUUGGUGAAAUGAUUGCGGCAGUUGAAGCAAAGUCACCGGAGCUGGGGAAAAGGAUGCGUAACGUGCUGGACAAGAACUGUUCACGGCUAAAUGGACUCAGUCCAAAAGCCAUUGACUACAGUAAAAAGUGUAUACAUUUUGUAACAAAUGUAAUGUGCAACAUGACACUCGGCAAGCAGCUCACCUUCGAAGAAGCAGAGAAAUUGCACAACGCCUUCAAGGUACGACAAUCAUUCUAUUUGAUAUAA